AUGGAGUUCACGCUAAGCGAUAACUCUCUCAAAACCUUUGCACGAUGCAUCACGUGCCUCGCACGUAUCGGAAACGAGCUUUCGAUUCAAGCUUCUUCUUCUCAGCUUCUUUUCCACACUAUCAAUUCAUCACGGUCUGCAUAUCAAUCCAUCAAUUUCAAACCCAGCUUCUUUGACGUAUACACGGUUUCCAGUGUUCCCGUGCAAUGUAGCGUGCUUCUGAAGGCUGUUUGUGCUGUUCUUAGGACACCUAUUGCAAAUAUUGAUCAUUUGACAGUGAAGUUACCGGAGCCGGAUGCUCCAAAAGUUGAGUGGAUUCUAGAUUGCUACAGUGGUAUGAGAAAAACCUAUUGGAUUACUUGCAAUGUUGAACCUGACAUUCAGCACUUGUCCCUUGACAGGCAAAAAUUUCCAAGCAACUUUGUCGUGAGGCCUCGAGAUCUGAACAGGUUACUUGCUAAUUUUCAAUCAUCUCUUCAAGAAAUCACUAUCAUUGCAACAGAACCUGCUUCUGUACCUCCUGAUUCUGCAAAUGAAAUUGGUGGAAAGGCCGUUGAACUUCGAAGUUACAUUGACCCAACCAAAGACAAUGACUCGUUGCUACACACCCAACUCUGGAUAGAUCCUAAGGAGGAGUUUUUGCAGUAUGUUCAUACUGGGGACCCGGUAGAUGUGACUUUCAGUGUAAAAGAACUGAAGGCAUUUCUUUCAUUUUGCGAGGGUUGUGAAAUUGAUAUCCAUUUACAUUUUGAGAAAACUGGCGAACCAAUUCUCAUGGCACCUAAAUUUGGUUUGGAAGAUGGGUCCCAUUCAAAUUUUGAUGCUACCCUUGUACUGGCAACCAUGUUAACAUCUCAGCUUCAUGAAACCGCAGCAUCAGAACCUCCAGUGGUGCCUAACAAUACACAUGCUCGAACUGAAGAGAGAAAUGAAUCUCCAUUGCAGCAAGAGAACUGCAGAUCGAAUGCAUCAGGGCUUCCGUCUGACCACACCCGUAUUUGGUCAGACCUUUCAGCAACUGCAGUUAAAAAUACUAGUGCUAUGGAAGAAAGGCAGGCACAAGAAGGAACAACUUUGAAUGAUAAUGAACAAAGAGACAUUCAAAAGAUUAGUACAGUGCGAAUUUCAAGAGGAAAAUUAGCUGCAAGAAAUAAUCCCAAUGACUCCAAUUUCUGCCAACCAACUGAAAAUGAUCACGUACAAGAGCCUCAAGAUAUGUUGCCGAAUGAUGGUCAAGCGGUUACACAACAUCAUCCCAGUAACUGGGUAGAUGCUGAAGAGGAUGACGAAGACGAUGCUGAUGAGGAUGAGCAGUACAUUCAGGCAACACCACCAUACUAUGAUGAACAAUAA